AUGGCGAAGUCGAAGAAUCACACAAAUCAUAAUCAAAAUCGUAAAGACCAUAGGAAUGGAAUAAAAAAGCCAAAAAAGCAUCGUUUCAUGUCGAUGAAGGGUGUCGAUCAGAAAUUCCUUCGUAAUUUACGUUUUGCUAAAAAACAUAAUAAACGUAAUAAACGUCAUCGGCAACAAAAAAUGGCAAAAGUUGAAGCCGUUGAAUCAAAAGCUUAA